AUUCAGUGAUCCGGUAGCGAUGGCGGAGCAAAGCUCUGCCUGCCCACCCGGGUGUCGUUACUUCCUGGUUUUAACAUGCAAAAGGUUUUGUGCAAGGUCAGCGUGUGCAUUUCUGAACUGGUAAGGAAGGUGCAUAGAAGCUGCAUGGUUAUCUGGGUCUCACAGAUGAACCACAUUCCAAUGAAUAUUGACUAUGAUCAGAAUUUGGAUUGGUUCUCUGCCCAGCUCGCAGCAACAUGUAAUGUUGACCAUUCCUGGUUCAAUGACUGGUUCACUGGGCACCUGAACUUCCAGAUUGAGCAUCACCUUUUCCCCACCAGGCCUCGACACAAUUACUACAAGGUGGCUCCUCUGGUGAAAUCUCUCUGUGCCAAGCAUGGUGUUCACUACGAGUGCAAGCCCAUCCUCACAGCUUUUGCAGAUAUAUUGCAUAGCCUGAAGGAAUAUGGGCAGGACUGGCAGGAAGCUUAUCUCCAUGAAUUGGGAAGGCCUGGCCGUGAUCUGCGGCAAAAAAAUUUGCAAAUGGAGGAAAAGCCUGUACCACCACAAAUGGAGGCCCAGGGGGACACGUACACCCCUCCUGACCUCUGUUCUUGGUGGCAAAGGCUUUUUGCAAAGAUGACCGGGCCCUAUCGGGAUGCAAUCUCUCAUCCCUACAGGUCUUGGAAAGUCUUUGCUCAAGACAAAACCACAAUAGAGAGACUAGAAAGGAGACAGCUCCCUUGUAUCAUUGAGAUCUACAUAAAGCUCACGAAGAAUCUUUUACCUCAGAAAAAUUUAUUACUGGCGCUUCAGGCCACUUCUGAGCCUGUAACCGAUUCCCUAAACAGGGAAUUAUGCAGCAGGUGUCCAAAUGGAGUUAGAGACACUGACACAAACUUGUAG